AUGCCUGGAGGUGUCUGUGCCGUCCUUGACUACGAAGUCGACCAAAUGGCCGAAUUCGUAGCUGAGAUGGCUACCCGCGUUGUUCUGCCUCUGUCAAGCACCGCCGUCACACCGCCGUUCCGCAAGUUUGUUUCCCAGAUUCUGUCUUCAACAAGACUUCCCAAGAGCACCAUUCUCUUGGGUAUGAACUACCUGGCGAAGCGAGUCAACACGCUCAAGCAGAACAACCCUUCGUACACCGUACCAGAGGGUCAAGUUUGGCGUAUGCUGACGGUUUCCCUGUUGCUUGGCAGCAAGUUCUUGGAUGACAACACUUUCCAGAACCGUUCCUGGUCUGAGGUGAGCGGUAUUCCCGUCGCCGAGCUCAACGCUCUGGAACAUGAGUGGCUGGAGCAAUCUGGAUGGCGUCUCUACGUCAACUUGGACUACAGCGCGGACUACAAGGCUUGGCUCACCAGCUGGGAUGACUGGAAGAUCCUCAAGGAUCAGGCUACGGCUCGGGCCAACCGCGAAAGACUUGUCCCUGCCAUCGACACCAGCCUCAACAGGUACAAUGGUCGUUCGGCCUACCACAACUUCGUUCAGCAGCAGGCAGCUGAAUACGAGCGCUACGAGGCUAUCAAGCGCAACGAGAUGGCUCACCAGCAGGCCUACGGCAACUGGCAGUGGCAGUCUGCACCACUCACUCCUCCCGACUCGGGCUACGGGACUCCCGAGUACAUCAACUCGGCUACCUCAGCCAACGCCCGCUACAAUGAGUGGUUCUCCCAAGCUGCUGCCAACGCUCAAUGGAAUGGCCGUUACCAGCAGCCCUCGCACAACUACUACAAUCACCGCCACAACCAAGCCACAUACCCUGGCCACUAUGGCUACAACCAGACCAUGUGGGAGCAUGGCGUUGCUGAGUGCAACUGUGCAAGCUGCGUUGGCCCGGCUGUGAAGCCGCCCGCCUACUUUGCCCACCCUGGUUUUGGCCAGCCUGUUAUGGGCUGA